AUGAAGUUUUUAAUUUUAUUACCGAUUUUGUUUGCGUCUAUUUUACCCUCUGAGGAAUUUAAGAGAUUUGUUGGAUCAUCUGAUGCCGGAAAGACAGAUCCAAUGUUAUGGAUGAUUAUAAAUCAACUUCAAACUUUUCAGACAAAGUUCACAAACCUUGAACAUAAGAUCGAGACUAAAAGCACCAAACAGUUGGAUAAACUAGGAAAACAAUUGAGGGACUUGGAGAUAAAACUAAUGACAAAUAACAAGACAAUUACUGAUUUGAAGAAUGACAUCAACAUAAUUAAAAAAGGUAUGCAGGAAAGGUGCAGUCCUGGGUGGAAACAGUUCAACAAACACUGUUACAUGUUUCGAUACGAUAGACUUACUUGGCAACAAGCAAAGCAUGAAUGUGAGAACUACAAAGCACAUUUAGUUAAAAUAGAAACAUCAAAAGAAAACAGAUGGAUUGGCAACGAAAUAACCAUCAGUGCAAGUUCAAGCCAUGGUCAGCUAUGGACAGGAUUAAAUGAUCUGUCUAGUGAAGGGCAUUUUACCUGGGUGCUUGAUAAAAGCUCAUUUGGUUUUUCCAAUUGGAAAAGAGGUGAACCUAACAAUGGGAGUGGAGUUGAGGACUGUGGAAGCAUCCAUACCAAUUGUCAAUCUACUUGGAAUGAUGCGCCAUGUGCUUACAAAACCGGAUACAUAUGCGAGAAGUAA